AUGCCUCCGGUGCCACCGACAUCAUCAGCCACAUGGUUUGCAGACUUGUUAGAUGAUCAAUUGGAUUACUGUGAUUAUCCUUUGGCUUGUGGAUAUUAUGGUGUUUGUUCAAACAAGCAGUGUAGUUGUCCACAAGGGGGAAGAAACCAAACCCUGAAUUACUUCUCUGCAGUGAAUUAUGAUGAUCCAGCGCAGGGUUGUACUAGUGUGACUCCAUUGGAUUGUCAGAAAUCUCAGAAACAUCAUCUUUUACAUCUUGAGAAUGUUUACUACUUUCACCAUGAUAUAACUUCUCAGAGCAAAGUCAGUGUGGAGACUUGCAAGGCCCAGUGCUUGACUCAAUGUGGUUGCAAGGCAGUUGGAUUUUUGCCAGAAUUCAACAGCUCUGGUGGCCAGUGUACUUUGAUCAGCCAACUCUUCUCAAUGAAAAGAGCUCGGCAAUCCGAAUAUAGCUACAAUUCAUCAGUUUUUCUCAAAGUUCAGGUUCCGGAGCAGUUGAAUGCAACUAGAGUUCAGCCAGGUAUGAAGCAUCGGCACUUCAUAAUCAUGGGAUGUAUUGCAGGAGGUGUGGUUACUGUUUUCCUCGCGUUGAUUUGCAUUCGGAUUUUGUAUUUGAGAAGGAAAAGUGCGAGCAAGAGGAUGAAUAUCUCAAAUGGGGACAUUAGUGCAGAGAACUACUUCAAUUUGAAUCAUGCUUCUGAAUUACCCGUGAAAUUUUGUUUCGAAGAUUUGAGGAAUGCUACUCAUGACUUCAGUAAAGAGCUUGGACGAGGAGGAUCCGGUUCGGUGUUUGAAGGAAUUCUUAGUAAUGGCAGGAAAGUUGCAGUGAAACGAAUGGAAAGGAUAUCACAAGGGAAGAAGCAGUUCUUAGCAGAGAUUGAAACAAUUCACGGCAUUCAUCACAUCAAUCUGGUAAGACUGAUUGGGUACUGUGUCGAAAAAUCAUACUAUUUCUUGGUCUAUGAAUUCAUGUCAAAUGGAUCAUUGGAUAAAUGGAUCUUCAACAAAAACAAUAAUCAUAAGCUUGAUUGGGGGAUUAGACUUCAGAUUAUCAUCAACGUCGCAAAGGGAUUGUCUUAUCUCCAUGAAGAUUGCUGCAAGAGGAUACUUCAUUUAGACAUCAAGCCACAGAACAUUCUCUUGGAUGAGAAUUUCAAUGCUAAGAUUGCUGAUUUCGGUCUUUCGAAAUUAGUGGAAAGGGAUCAAAGCAAAGUUAUGACAACAAUGAGAGGAACACUUGGUUACUUAGCUCCAGAAUGGUUAAACUCAGUAAUUACUGAGAAGGUCGAUGUUUACAGCUUUGGAAUUCUAGUUCUUGAGAUCAUUUGUGGCAGGAAAAACUUUGAUUUCUGUCAACCUAUAGAGGACAUUUACCUAUUGAAACUAGUGAAAGAAAAGGCACAUGAUGAUAGAUUGCAUGAAAUUGUAGCAAAGGAUGAUGGGAAUAUGGAGCUCCACAUGGAAGAGGCUGUGAAAAUGAUCAGAGUUGCCAUGUGGUGUUUACAGAGUGAUCACAAUUUGAGGCCUGCAAUGUCAAAGAUUGUUAAAGUUUUGGAAGAUGGUAUUGAUAUCAACACAACCAUUAAUUAUGAAAUUUUGAUUCCGUCUGCAUCGUCUGUCAUUGAUAAACUUUCGCAUCCAUUUUUCAAUUCGGCUUUGCUUGGAAUAUGA